AUAAGAAGAAGAAAGGACUUUGCAGCGACCAAUCAAAUGAGCUUCGGGGAGUGCAGGGCGUGGUCAGACCUGCUCUGCGCUGAGGUUUAUAAAUUUGCGUACAGGAAAUACAAGAAUUAUCAGGACAUACAAUCUUCCAAAUGGCCGUAACCUCCGAUCAUAUCCGGGACAAACUUAAAAAAGAGCUUACGGCAGAACACGUGGACGUGGAGGACACAUCACCCAAUAGAUGUGCAACCAGCUUUAAAGUGCUUGUGGUUUCCACCCAAUUUGAGGGCAAGCCACUAUUACAGAGACACAGGAUGGUGAAUAGCUGCUUAGCUGAGGAACUGAAAGACAUCCACGCCUUUGAACAAAAGACCCUCACCCCAGAACAGUGGGAGAAACAGCAGCCAAAAUGACCCAGACAUGUAAUGUGAUGCAUUACACACAUAAAACAAACAAGUGCCAGUUCCGUCAGUUGAUUAUGUGCAGACCAUAGAAAUAUUCCAAUAUCCUGUUUUCCCUUUUUCUGCUUAUAAGAUAAUAUGUAUCAGUUCCUUAUAUUGGCAGUCCAGCAUUUGCUCCCUCACAUAUUUGCAAAAAAAUUUUUCUCUGCUUUAAAUUGUAAAAUUAGAAAAGUAUAUUGAAAGUGAAUUGAUAGCACUAUCUGCAGGGGGAAAGAGUGCUCCAGCAUUUUGUGAGUUCAACACUGCAUACUGUCAUUGUUCUUUUAAUGUGUGUAACAAUUUAAAAUGUAAUGGAAAACAGUAAGAGGAUUAAAGUAUAAAACAAACA